AUGACUUUUUUUUCCCCCUUUUCCAAUGUGUAUCAGGUUGGCUUGAGUGCUGAAAAUGGUUAUGCUACAAGCUUGGCACGUUUUGCUGCAGAUCUUGGACCCUUGUUUGGAAUAGCUUCAAAGAAAAUCGAAAGUGUUUUGCCAAGAGGAGUGAAGUUCGGUCCCGGAUGGGUAGGAGAAAACAAGAUUGAGCAGCCGCGAUUGUCGUUUUCCAAGAAGCAGGUAUCUUCAAACUCUCUAUCUGAUAACUAUUCCAGCAGACUUUUACUUCCAACUGCUUCUGGUUCAACCUCUAUUGCUGCAAGUAGAUCUCCUUUGCAAGGUAAAGAAGAUGCAGAGCCAGAAACUGUCAGAGGGCCAAUCUCUCAAAACGACUCGACAUACACACCAGCUCAUCAGUUCCAGCAAAGAUCUUUACUGCACUCAGGUAUCAAAGGUUCUAUUAGUGAUCAUUCCCCUCAACCCAGAUUGGUAGUGCAGCCCAUGUCAGAAAAUACUUCAGUGCCUUUUCAACCACAGGGCAUGGUUUCAGGUAGCAGCUCCACCAUGUGGCGGAUGCCAAAACCGAUUAAAUUUGCCGAUAGUUCUGAAAAUGCAAUGGUUAUGGUGUCACAUGGGGUUAUUACUAAUGCCCGGCUUCAGCAGAAACCCGAUAACGAACAAGAUUUCCUUCCGUUUCCUCCCGAUCUUAAUGUGAGAUUCCCGGCACCGGGUUCACCUAGUUCUAGUUUGCCAAUUGGUUCACCCCAGCGACCAGAUUUAGCAUUGCAACUCUGAUAUAAUUAGUCACCAAUCCAUUAUUUCCAAAUGAUUUGUCGCAAAGGUAAUUGCAGUAUUAGAUCUUCGCUCCCUGGAUAGAUUCAAUGGAACUUACCACAUUCUUCAUUGGAAGGUUCAUUGAGUAGCAGUUGGUUCUUAAGAUCAUAUUGUAGGGAACAUUUUGUACAGAUUGAU